CUUGUUUCAUCACUGUAUCGCCAUCAACUGAUCCUGAAACACAUCGCGUUAAUAUAACAUUCAAAAAAAGUUGUUGAAAAAUAAAUAAUAAAUUAACAAUCAAAUUUAAUUAUAUUUUAUAAAAGCAAUUUUAUAAAGUAGAAAAAAAAUAAUUUUUAAAAUUUUUAAAAAUUUCAAUUUUCAUUUUAAAUAUUUCAACGGGAUUCAUUACUUACAGAAAUGAAGUGCAACGUGAGUUUGAUAAUGAGUGUUGUAAUUUUUACUGUGUUGACAAUUCAACCAAUAAAAAUAUUUGGAAUGCCGCCGGCUCAAUGUAAUCCAAAUUUACUUGAUGAAGUACCACCACGGAUUAGAAAAGUUUGCGUUGCAUUGUCAACAAUAUAUGAACUUGGCUCAGCUAUGGAAAAUUAUAUCGAUGACAAAGUUCCAGUUCUUCAUGAAAAUAUUCCACUUCCUGACAGUGGCGUUAAACGUCAAGAUGCCGAACACGUGUUUCUUCGUUUUGGAAGACGACGUUAAGAAAUUUUAAAAAAAUAUAUAUAUUUAUCAAGGAUUCACUUAGAUUUUAGCUGAAACGUCAAGAAGAAUGAAUAACAACAUUUAAUUAAUAACGACAUUAUGACAUACACUUAAAAAUUAUUAAUUAAAAAAAAUAAUUUUAUUUAUUUAUUUAUUAUAACAUUUAAAAAUAAUAAAUUAUUUUAUUUAUAAACUACUCAAACAAAUGAAAUAUAAUUUAUGAAUAUUUUUCAUUUUUAUCGUUAUAUUUUUUUAAUUAUUUUAUCAUUGUUACAUUAUAAUUAAUAAUAAUUUACUAAUAAAACAAUUUUAAAAUUUUUAAAACAAAAAAAAAAAUGAUUAUUGAGACGCUACAGUUGUUACCUAAAUUAAGUAAAUAAAUGUACCAACAAAAAAAAAAAAAAAUACUUGACGUUUAAUAAAGCCAAAAAUUCAAACUCAUUAAAUUUUAUUUUUUAUUUUUGUGGUAAUUUGAUGAAAUUGAAAAAACAUAAAUGUUAAUUAAUUAAAUGUAUUUAUUUAGUGGCCACGGGAAAAGUAUAACGCUUUUUUUUUUUAAUUUUUUUUCUCAAUAUAUCAUUAAAGUAUACAAUUAUUAUUAAAAUUGUAUGCUUAAAUUAAAAAAAAAAAAAAAAAUAUUAAAUAACUAUUUGAUGAAUGAAUUUAAAAAAAAGAAAAUAUAUCAAAAAUUAAUUAAAAAAAAAAAAAAUAUUCACGAGGCCACAGACUGAUUUACUCUUUUCAAUGUAAUCACAUUUUUUGCUUAAAUGUUGUAAAUGGUUUAUUAAUAAAAAAAAAGUUUUAAAUUAAAAAAUAACAAAAACCAAAAAAAAAAAAAAA